AUGACGAAUUUAAUAGCAAACUUGGACCACGAAUCACGAUGGUUUAAUCGAUGCGAAACAGAAUUCCAUUCUACCAAGUCAUUGAAUCUUACUGAAUAUGACGAUGAUCUCCGUGGUGCGCCGCCAAGCAAAUGUAUCGGUCCUCUUGGCACAUUAACUACUCAAAAUAACAUGGAGCCUGCCAUUAUUGAAUCAUCAAGUGGUCACCUGAAGGAGCACGUGACUCAUUCCAUUGAAGAUUCAUUAAAGACCCUAGAGUGUAAGACCUUCAAGAAGCUGAGGUUUUACUCUGUCCACGUAAUCAAAACGCAGGCGACGCUUUUGGAGAUGUCCCUUUCCGACAAAGACCACUGGAAGUUUGCUGAAAAGCGUUCUUCCACAUUGCCAACGGAUUGGAACGAUAGAGUUGACUUACUUCAGUAUCUUGAAUUACUUGUCUCUUUGUUUGAUAGUGUGGUCUCAACCCAGCAUGUACAAAAAGACCUAUUGAAAGAAUACCUUGGUCUCGUGGCUUUCGAUGACCCCAAUAUCGAAUAGAUGUAUAAGAGAUUCACCUGCUUCAACUCAAAUAUUCUCGACAAUGUCAUCCAUGAACAUGAAUACUAGGGUGUAAUGCCUUUUAUUUGUAUAUAAAUAACAUAUUAUACAC